AUGGUUCAGUCCGCGAUUCUCGGUUUCCCCCGCAUGGGUGUGAACCGUGACCUCAAGAAGGCUACUGAGGCUUACUGGGGCGGCAAGAUCUCCCAGGCCGACCUCCUCGCUGAGGCCAAGCGCCUUCGCCUUGCUCACUGGAAGAUCCAGCAGGAUGCCGGUGUCGACAUCAUCCCCAGCAACGACUUCGCUCUGUACGACCAGGUCCUCCACCACAUCCAGGACUUCGGUGCUGUCCCCGAGCGAUACACCAAGGAUGGUCUCGAUACCAUUGACGAGUACUUCGCCAUGGGCCGUGGCCACCAGAAGGAGGGCGUCGAUGUCCCCUCUCUGGAGAUGGUCAAGUGGUUCGACUCCAACUACCACUACGUCAAGCCCACUCUCCAGGACGGCCAGACCUUCAAGCUCACCGCCACCCCCAAGGCUGUCGCUGACUUCAAGGAGGCUAAGGAGGCUGGUAUCACCACCCGUCCCGUCCUUGUUGGCCCCGUCAGCUUCCUCCACCUCGGCAAGGCCGACCGUGACCAGACCGUCGACCCCAUUGACCUCCUCGACAGCCUCCUGCCCGUCUACGAGCAGCUCCUUGUCCAGCUGAAGGAGGCUGGUGCCGAGACCGUCCAGAUCGAUGAGCCCGUUCUCGUCUUCGAUCUCCCCCAGAAGACCAAGGCCGCUUUCAAGCCCGCCUAUGAGAAGUUUGCCGCCCUCGGCGACAAGAUCCCCAAGCUUGUCUUCACCACCUACUUCGGUGACAUCGUCCACAACAUUGACCUCCUCCCCAAGGAUAUCUAUGGUGUCCACGUUGACCUUGUCCGCAACCCUGAGCAGCUCGAGACUGUCGCUUCUGCUCUCGGCUCCAGCACCAUCCUCUCUGCUGGUGUCGUCGAUGGCCGUAACAUCUGGAAGACCAACCUAAAGCGUGCCAUCGAGACCGCUGAGACCGCUAUCCAGAAGCUCGGCAAGGACCGUGUCAUUGUUGCCACCUCCAGCUCUCUCCUCCACACCCCCCACACCCUCGCCAGCGAGAAGAAGCUGGACGCCGAGAUUGCCGACUGGUUCUCUUUCGCCACUGAGAAGGCUUCUGAGAUUGCUCUCAUCGCCAAGGCCGUCACUGAGGGCCCCGCCGCUGUCCGUGAGCAGCUCGAGGCCAACGCCAAGUCCAUCCAGGCUCGUGCCACCUCUGCCCGAACCAACGACCCUGAGGUCAAGGACCGUCAGUCCAAGGUCACCGAGGCCGACCACAAGCGUCAGUCCGAGUUCCCUGCCCGUAUCGCCCAGCAGCAGGAGAAGCUCAAGCUCCCUCUCUUCCCCACCACCACCAUCGGCUCUUUCCCCCAGACCAAGGACAUUCGUAUCCAGCGCAACAAGUUCACCAAGGGUGAGAUCACUAUUGAGCAGUACGAUAAGUUCAUUGAGAAGGAGAUUGAGGACAACGUCAAGAUCCAGGAGGAGCUUGGCCUCGAUGUCUUCGUUCACGGCGAGCCUGAGCGUAACGACAUGGUUCAGUUCUUCGGUGAGCGCCUUAAGGGCUAUGCUUUCACCACCCACGCCUGGGUUCAGAGCUACGGUUCUCGAUGCGUCCGACCUCCCAUCAUUGUCGGCGACAUCUCCCGCCCCGCUCCCAUGACCGUCAAGGAGUCCAAGUACGCCGUCAAGGUCUCCAACAAGCCCAUGAAGGGCAUGCUGACUGGCCCCGUCACUUGCCUGCGAUGGUCUUUCCCCCGUGAUGACGUUCACCAGUCCGUCCAGGCCCAGCAGCUUGCUCUGGCCCUCCGUGACGAGGUUGUCGACCUCGAGAAGGCCGGCAUUGACGUCAUCCAGGUCGAUGAGCCUGCUCUCCGUGAGGGUCUCCCUCUCCGCUCCGGCUCUGAGCGCGACGCCUACCUCAAGUGGGCUGUCGAUGCUUUCCGUCUCUCCACCGCCGGCGUCAUCGACUCCACUCAGAUCCACUCUCACUUCUGCUACUCUGAGUUCCAGGACUUCUUCCACGCCAUCGCGGCCCUCGAUGCCGACGUUCUGUCCAUUGAGAACAGCAAGUCCGAUGCCAAGCUCCUCCGUGUCUUCGUUGACUCUGAGUACCCCCGCCACAUCGGCCCUGGUGUCUACGACAUCCACUCCCCUCGUAUCCCCAGCGAGCAGGAGAUCAAGGACCGCAUCGAGGAGAUGCUCCAGUUCCUCAAGCCUGAGCAGCUCUGGAUCGACCCUGACUGCGGUCUCAAGACCCGUCAGUGGAAGGAGACCAAGGAGGCCCUCCUCAACAUGGUCAACGCUGCCAAGUUCUUCCGUGCCAAGUACGCCAAGAACUAA